AUGGUCUCCACAUUCCUCACGCCAACCCGCCUGGCCAAAGAACACGACCUGGCCUCUCUGCACCUGCGUCGGGACCAGUCCCUGCCCGUCGUGCUCUCGACGCAGGUGACGCGGACCGCGGACGAAGGGUACGCCGAGGGCGUGGUGACGAACACGCGCUUCGGCUCGUUCCCGCACUCGACCAUUAUCGGGGUUGCCUGGGGCAGCCAGAUUCGCGCGAGUAAAGUCGAUACCGGGUCGCGGGGGAGGGUCAAGCAGAAAGGGAAACAGAAGCAAGGGGCCAAGCGGCAGACGGGGAAGGAUGGCGACGGUGCGGGGAAGAAGCGGAAAGCCGGUGAGGCGGGGUUGGAAGAUGGAGAUGGGAGAAGAAAUCCAGAGGAGGAGGAAGAAGAAGAACAGGAGCAGGAGGAGGAGGGGGAAGACGCUUUGCAGGAGAGAGACAGGAUAGAACUAGGAGCGGUCACGGUCAAGGAAGCCGUGGCGGCGGAGUCGGGCUUCGUGCACGUCCUCCCGCCCACCCCUGAGAACUGGACCACCAGCCUCCCGCAUCGCACUCAGGUUGUCUACACCCCCGACUACAGCUACAUCCUACACCGCAUCCGCGCGAGGCCGGGAACCAGACUGAUCGAGGCGGGCAGUGGGAGCGGCAGUUUCACCCAUGCGGCCGCGAGGGCUGUAUUCAACGGAUACCCCGACAAGGGGCAGAGGGCCGCCGAGCAGGAGCAGCAGCAGGAGCAGCAGCAGGAGGGGAAUGGAGCGUACACGAAAGACGGCGAGGGAGAAGGGAAGGAGAGCCACGGGCUUGGACGAGUCUUUAGCUAUGAAUUCCACCGUGAGCGGCACGACAAAAUCAAGGCCGAAAUGGUUCAACACGGGCUAGACACCAUCGUGCACGCCAUGCACCGAGAUGUCUACAAAGAUGGCUUUCUGGUCUAUGACUCUGAAGAAACCCCAUCCACCGACAAAACCUCCCCCGCCGCGAACGCCAUCUUCUUGGACCUGCCUUGUCCAUGGGAAGCUCUCCCGCAUUUGACGCGCGAGUCGCCACUCCAAAGCACGCCGAGCGUGCUCGACCCUCACUCGCCCGUCCACAUAUGCACAUUCAGCCCUUGUAUCGAGCAGGCGCAAAAGACAAUAUCCGCGCUUCGCAGGUACGACUGGAUUGAGAUCGAGAUGGUCGAAGUGCAGCACAAGCGCAUCGACGUUCGACGGGAAUACACCGGACUGCAGUACAAUGGCAUGCGCGGAACCAAUGCCUUUGCAGCCGAUGUUGACGAGGCCGUGUCAAGACUGAGAGAGGUGGAACAACGGUUGAAGGAGUUCCACGCAGGAAAGAACCUGGAUGAAAACAAGAAGCCCGCAAAGGUCAAUGGCCAGCAACAGCAAGGCGAGGCAGGAAAGCUGCCGUUCAACGCAGGCAGGCUCGUGCACAGGACAGAAGCCGAAGUGAAAACGCACACUUCGUAUCUCGUCUUUGCGGUUUUGCCCAGAGCAUGGUCCGAAGAAGAUGAAGCGUUAGCACAGCAGAAGUGGUCGAAGCAUGUCAAGGUCGUGUCGCACGCGCCCAAGAGUCAGCGCCAGUUGAAGAAGGAGGCGAAGCUGAGAGCAAGAGGCCAGACCCAGGACCAGAACGGCAUUAAGGACAAAUUGUCGGAUAUAAAUGAAGAUGCAGCAAAGGAUGCUGCAUAA